AUGGAUCAUCUUAUGUCCAUUUAUUACGGUUUUUCACAAGUAUAUUCUAUCUAUAUGCCACGAUCUGAACUAUAUGAAUUAUCUGGUAUAAAAUGUUAUCGAAAAUUAAAAUAUUUCUCUGAUCGAGAUCAAUUAAUGCGUCAAUUAACGGUCCAUAUGAGAAGAACUAGUCAUAAUUUGAUCGGCUUUGAUGCAACCAGUAGCAGUGUCGAUUGCACCAAACCAAUAGAGUCUAUCAAUAAACAAGAAGCAACAAUUAUGUUUGCCCAGUUGUUGAAAGAAGUUUUUCUCGGCAUGACGGAUAUCAAUCGAUCAGAUAUGAUCGAUUAUUGUCGAACAAAUUAUGCAGAUAAUCCACGUCAACUUGAACUCAUAAAACGAGAAACAAAUUCAUCGAAUCCAGCAGCAUUGCACAAUCUAUUAGAAGCUCUCCAUGAUGAGCUUUCAAAACAUUUAAAAGCACUCAAACACUAUCAACUAUGUACGACCAUCAAACAAUCAUAUUUACCACCCGACGAUGCAUCUUUUGCUGUUUCAUACACUAAUAUUGGUUUGGUUUAUCAAAAUUUGAAAAAAAAAUGA